GGCGGACAGCCACCGCACCUCGGGAAUCAACAUAACAACAACAUACAACAAAACCGCAAACGGUGGUCUUCGGUGCGCGUCCCGCCGCUAUAAUAACGCGUACAGUGUGGCGCCGCCGCCGCUGCACCGCGCACAGCAACGGCUCGCCCGACCGUCGACGACAGCAACAGUCCGACAGACGCAAACACGCGACCGACAUGGAACCAUCACCGGUUGCACGGCCGCUACGGGAACCGCCGCACGGACAGGCGCAAAACGACCGGCAGACUUCCGAUGACGCCUCGCCCGAGCCCUGUUACAUCGACGAAGCCACCGGAACCAUCUCCGAGAAGGUAACGGCUACCACGGUAAUCAAUCCCUCGGAGACGACGACGGCCGCCGACGAGAAUAUUCCUGCCUCGGUGACGACUACGGACGAGAAUAUUGCGACUGCGGUGACGACCGCCUUCGAGAAUAUUUCUAUUGCGGCGACCACCGCCAGCGAAGAUGUCACUACUGCGGCUGCUGCGGUAGCGACAUUGCAAGUGACCACUGACGAGAAGGCGGUGACCGCCACCGCACAGGUAUCCGAAGUUAUUGAAAAUGAAAUGAAUAAAAAAAAUGAAGUCAUCAUUAGCGUUACUUCACAAAUGCAGGUAAAUAACGGUGUUAAAAAUAUGAGUAAGAAAGAGCAAAAGAUUGAAAACGAUAAGAUGAUAGCAGAACACGAAAAGAUGUGGCUUACUACAAAAGAAGCAAGUGCAAUAAGUGCUGAAGAUGUAGUGUCCAGAUUAAGAGUUGGUUUUAGGUGCGGAUUAUCUUGGAAAGAAUGUGAAUUUAGAAGGCAGAUAACAGGAUACAAUGAAUUUUCUGUUCAUAAAGGAGAUCCGUUAUGGAAAAAAUAUAUUGAACAGUUUAGAAAUCCAUUGAUACUCCUUUUGUUAGCUUCAGCUGUCGUGAGUGUAUGUAUGAAACAAUUUGAUGAUGCCUUCAGUAUUACUACAGCCAUUAUCAUUGUUGUUACUGUGGCUUUUAUACAAGAAUAUAGGUCUGAAAAGUCAUUAGAAGCAUUGACUAAACUAGUACCACCUACAUGUCGAUGCCUUCGAGAGGAGCAAUUAGAAUCUAUGUUUGCAAGAUCAUUGGUACCGGGGGAUAUUGUUUAUUUGAGCACUGGUGAUAGAGUCCCUGCUGACAUUAGACUGUUUGAGGCUAUUGAUUUAGCUGUAGACGAAAGUAGUUUUACUGGUGAAACAGAACCAUGCAUGAAAACCACAGAAUUAGUUUUGAAUCCUGUGAGUCAUACAUCAAUGAAAAAUAUAGCAUUUAUGGGUACAUUAGUACGGUGUGGAAAUGGCAAAGGAGUUGUGGUAAAUACUGGAGAAAAAUCAGAGUUUGGUGAACUUUUCAAAUUAAUGCAAAGUGAAGAAGCACCAAAAACCCCUUUGCAGAAUAGCAUGGAUAUUCUGGGUACUCAGUUAUCAGUGUAUUCUUUCUUUAUUAUUGGUUUAAUAAUGAUGCUUGGAUGGAUUCAGGGCCGACCUAUUUUAGAUAUGUUUACAAUUGGUGUUAGUUUGGCUGUAGCUGCAAUACCAGAAGGCUUGCCUAUAGUUGUAACUGUGACUUUGGCUCUUGGUGUAAUGCGUAUGGCUAAUAGAAAAGCUAUUGUAAAAAAAUUACCAACUGUUGAAACCUUAGGAUGUGUUAAUAUAAUAUGCUCUGAUAAAACUGGUACUAUAACCAAUAAUGAAAUGACUGUAACUACAAUUAUUACUUCAGAUGGAUAUUAUGCUGAUGUUUCCGGAACUGGUUACAACGAUCAAGGUGAAGUUCAUUUACUUAAAUCAUUCUCUUCAGACCAAGCUAAGCAAGCUAUAUAUAAUUUAUUAGAAGUUGGAGUUAUUUGUAAUAAUGCAACUAUCAAUGGAGAUACAUUACAGGGACAGCCUACUGAAGGGGCUCUUUUAGCAGUUGCUAUGAAGAAUAGAAUGUAUGGUAUUAGUGAUAAAUACUUAAAACUUCAAGAAUAUCCAUUUAGUUCUGAACAAAAACUUAUGGCUGUGAAAUGUGUUAAUAAAUAUGAUGAUGUUAAAGAAGAAAUUUAUUUUGUCAAAGGGGCAUUAGAAAAAGUCUUGAAACAAUGUACAAAAUAUUCUAGUGGAAAUGAAAGACUAUUAUUGAGUAGUAAAAAAGAACAAGAAAUAUUUACUGAAGCAUAUGAAAUUGGCAGAAAAGGACUUCGAGUCAUUGCAUUAGCUAAAGGUGAUUCUUUACAAGAUUUGGUCUAUUUGGGAUUAGUGGGAAUUUGUGAUCCACCAAAACCAUUUGUUAGAGAAUCUAUAGAACAGUUAUAUAAUUGUGGAGUUAAAGUAAAAUUAGUAACUGGAGAUGCUCAAGAAACUGCAGUUGCUAUCGGAAGCAUGAUUGGCUUAGACAUGAUUCAUGGACAGACCAUGUCUGGCCAACAAAUUGAUAAUAUGUCUGAUCAUCAACUAAAAGCAAUGGUAAACAAUGUAUCUGUUUUUUAUCGUGUUACACCUCGUCACAAAUUAACAAUAAUCAAGGCAUUGCAAGCAAAUGGUAAUGUUGUUGGAAUGACUGGUGAUGGAGUGAAUGAUAGUGUUGCAUUAAAAAAAGCUGACAUUGGGAUAGCUAUGGGUAAAAAUGGAACAGACGUUUGUAAAGAAGCAUCUGACAUGAUAUUAGUUGAUGAUGAUUUCCAAACAAUUGUGGCAGCUAUUGAAGAAGGGAAAGGAAUAUUUUUCAACAUUCGAAAUUUUGUGAAAUUUCAACUCAGUACUAGUAUAGCUGCAUUAUCUUUAAUUGCUUUAGCAACAAUUUUUAGAAUACCAAAUCCAUUAAAUGCCAUGCAAAUAUUAUGGAUUAAUAUUAUUAUGGAUGGUCCACCUGCCCAAAGUCUUGCGGUAGAACCAGUUGAUAAAGAUGUUGUAAAACAAGGUCCUCGGAAUGUUAAAACACCGAUGAUAACAAAAACGCUUGUAUUAAAUGUUCUUUUUUCAGCAUCAAUUAUAAUUGUUGGAACCCUUUGGGUGUUUAAACGAGAAAUGAGUGACAAUGAUGUGUCUAAGAGAGACACUACAAUGACAUUUACCUGUUUUGUUUUCUUUGAUAUGUUUAAUGCUCUUAGCUGCCGUUCACAGACAAAAUCGGUAUUUACUAUUGGGUUGUUUUCUAACAAAAUGUUUCUUGUUGCUGUUACACUUUCUGUUGUUGGCCAAAUGUUAGUGAUAUACUUUCCCCCAUUACAAAGUGUAUUUCAGACAGAAGCACUUACUUUAUAUGAUAUUUUACUAUUAUUGGGAUUAACAUCAAGUGUUUUCAUUGUGUCAGAAAUAAAAAAAUUCUUCGAGCGACAUUUACAAAAGAGGCUAACUAGAGCACCUAAGAAACAAAUGGCUUUUGUGUAAUAAUUUGCAACUACUAAACUUAGUUACAUCAUAAAUGGUAUUAAAACAAUUAUAAUAAUAAUACCCAAUUAUAAAUUAAAUGACAAUCGAAUAGUCAUAAUAAAAUAUAAAAUAUACAAAUAAUAUACACUAUAUUUGUAUUUUUUUUUUUUUAUAUUUAUUGAUGCAAUAUAAAUCUCAUGUUUUUUUAGGUUAUGUAUUUGCAUAUUUUAGUUCCUUUCUUCUUUUAUUGACUUAAAUAUUUAUUAUUAUUAAUAUUACUAUAGGUGAAUCCAGUGUUAUCUAUUGGUUAUUUAAUAUCUUAAUUUUAUUAUUUACUACAAUUAUAAUAUGUUAUACAAAAAAAUCCACUUUUGUUUAAUUUGUAAAUUUAUAUAUUUUUAUGAAUAAAUGUAUUUGUAUGCUUAGAAUUUUAAUUAAACAUGUUUUCUUGUUUUUUUUUUAAAAAACUGUUUCUAUAAAAAUGUUUUAAUCAAGCAAUUGUAUAAUUAGUUACUGAAAAUUAACUUUAUGAUUGUUUUGUAAAAAAUAUAAAACAAAAUACGUGAAUUUUUUAGUAUUCAUUUGUUUAACUUAGAAAUUAAAAAGUAUUUAAUUUUUUUAUAAUGUAUAGUAGAUAUUAAGUAUAAUAAUUGUUGUUUAAUCACUUUUUAUAUUAUAUAUAAUAUAAUAAUUAUGAAAAGUUUAAUAAUUAUACUGGUGGAUAGAUAUUAUUUUUUAAUAUUAAAUCAUCAGGUCUCCUGAAGCUAUUCAUUGUUUACAUAUCAGUAUAUCAGUAUAUUUAUUAAAUUUGCCUGCUUGUUACUAGUUUUUAUUAAAUAUAAUAUACUUAAUACUUAUAGAACAAAAAUAAAAGUUAAAUGUUGAUAUUUGUAUUCAAAAAAUGAGUAAAAGAAAUACAAUAUAAUAUUGUGUUAUAAAUUUGUCAUGUAUAAUUAAUUUAAGUUUCACAUAUGAAAAGUAAGAUAAUGCUAUUGGUCAAUUUUUUUUUAAACAUCAUAUUUAUUAAUAUUCAUGUUGUAUUAUUUGACACUACUUACUUAAAAUAAUUUAAUUUAUAAUCAAUAGAUGGAGUACAUUUUUUUUAUGCACAUUUUUUUUUUUUAAUAAAAAAUUAUUUGUUGAUAAAAUAUAAUUUUCUUGACUUUUCAUAUAUCUACUUGUUUAUUUUCUUAUUGAUAACAGAGAAAAUAACUGUAUAAACAAUUUUUGAAUUAUUUGUUAUUUGUUUAUACAAAUAUAUAGACUGCCUAUGUAUAAAAAAUAAUUA